GAAAAAGACAAAUUAGAAAGAGAAAAAGAACAGUUGACUACUCAAAAAGAUAAUGAAAUAACUGAACUUAAAAGACAAGUAGAAAAGUUAGAGGAUGAAAAGAAAAAGUUAAAAGAUGAGUUAGAAAUAGAAAAAGGUUGGUGGGAUAAGUGGAUAAAUGAUAAUACAAAUUUUAAUGAGACCAUUUUCGUGUUAAAGUCAAGGACAGGUUUAAUUAUUCACCUGAACACUUUUUACGAAAAAAAGCCUUCAAAAUGGCUAUUUACGAAUACUAUAAAAGCCAGUCCUAGUAUUGAGAAAGGGCGGCUUGGAUAUUGGAACGAAUAUUACAUAGUGGGUGAGUUUGAAAACAAACAAGCAAACCAAGAAUACAAAAAGGCUAAAAAAGAAGCCGAACAAAAAGAGCAAAAUCAACCCCCUAAACCAACUAACCAAAACAACAACACUCCAGACCAAUCCAAUCCCACUCCCAAUCAAGAACCCCAAGAACAACCCACUAAUAAUCCUCUCCCUUCCCCCGAAACUAUUCAAGAAAACUACAAUAACGAUAAAGACAAAUCCACCAUUGAAAACAAUUCUAAUUCAACCACUCCAGAACAAAAAGAACAAUCUGAAACAUUAUUAAAAUUAAUCAUUGAGGCUGAAUUCUUAAUUAAGGAUAAACAAUUUAACUCUGAAACUUUAUCUAAACUAAUCCAAGAAAAAGAACAAAACACAGAGAGUUAUCAACUCUUAAAAGAGAGAAUAGAACAGGCUAUUAAUGAAUUGUCUAGUUUGGAACAACAAAAUAAUAAUAAUGAGUCAGUAGUAAAUAAUAAUGAAUCUGACAUUAGUCCUAUCAAAAUCUUUGCUAUUGUAGGG